AUGGUUAGCGUUCUUGGGGCAGCAGGGUUAGGGUACACCGCAAGCCUUGUCUCAAUAUUUCUCUUAUAUCCAUAUCGAGAUUACACAAAGAUCUUUAAUAUUAAGUCCAUUCCUCGCGUAAACCCUAUUGAGUACUCAAUGGUACGAUAUAAAGGCAUGAUCCUAAAUCCAUCUCAACCACUCUUGCUGGCGCUGCCAUGGGGUCUUCUUUAUGGUGGUUUUGUUCUUGGUUCAGGCUCGGCUACAGGUGCGAUAUGUGGUGGCACGCUUCAUGGGAUGGCCAAAGUAGGAGUCCGAACUACAGCCCGUCGUCUUGGUAGCUCGCGCAGCCGUUACGACAAAAUGGAAUAUAGAUCACUUAUUCAAUGUUUGCAACACAGUACUAGACAGUACGGAAUUCUUUCAUUUUUCUCUGGAGUUACUGCUACUGUUAUUAUUUCGUCUGUGUGGCAUGGAGCUGCUUUGGUCGCGCUGCAACGAUCGAGCCAUAGUGGAUUCUUUGGGGCGUGGUGGGAUUCUUUUCGUGUUCAUGCCUUUUUGACGUUCGUCACAACUCCAUUACGGAAUACAUUCCGAUCAGCUUUGCACAGCAGAGAACGUUCAGGUGGCGUGCACAAUUUGUCAACUUUCUUGUCAGGAGAAGUUGCCGUCUUUAGGGAAGCAGGAGGUGUGAUGAAAAAUAUGCUUCGAACAGAGGGAGUACCAUUUUUCUUGAAUGGUGUUUUAUCAACUACUUUUAAAGCAUCUGUACCGUUUGGUUUUACGUUUGCAUUGUUUUUGUAUUUUGGAGGUGCCCUUCCAGGACAAGAAAUGGGUAGAAGUCGUCAUCAUCAUCAUCAUCAUAUGCCUUUGCGUCGUUUUUCAUGA